AUGUGGGGCAUCCGCGCUCUAGCUGCUGCGGGCUUGUGGACGCAAGUCGCACUUGGAGCCGACUUCGACUGGUCCGCUAUCGUGCCAUCAGAGCAGUUGCACUACCAUCCGUGCUACGAUGGUUAUCAAUGCGCGAGGCUCUCCGUGCCACGAGAUUGGCAAGAUGCUAACAACACCAAACGAGUUGCCAUCGCCAUCACCACUCUUCCCGCCACUGUCCCUUCAGAUGACCCGUCUUUUGGAGGGACAAUCAUCAUCAACCCUGGAGGGCCAGGCGGUUCUGGUGUCAGGGCGGUCCAGAGCUAUGGGCGCCGGCUGCAAGCCAUGACCGAGGGUAAAAAGCAUUAUGCCAUUCUGGGAUUUGAUCCUCGCGGCAUCGCCUACACAACUCCCAGAGCCGACUGCUUCGGCGGGAGUCAUAUAUUUGCACGCGAUUCGCUGAUAUUAGAGUCGAGGGGCAUUGGUGGUCUCGAUGCAAGUGAUAAUGGGCUGAGACGGAUCUUGGCCCUCGAUCAGGCUUUCGGUAGCCUCUGUGAGACAAAAGAUCUCGAUGAUGACAUCUUGGCAUACGUCUCUACGGCGUCCGUUGCACGGGACAUAAUUGAGAUCACCGAUCGGACGGAGGAGCUCCGGCGUGCAGAGCGAAUCGCUCCUUUAGACACAAAGCAGCACCCGAUAAGUGCUGGCACGGAGCAUUCCCACGACAAGCCUGCUCGUGUCUUGUACUGGGGAUUCAGCUAUGGCACAAUCCUCGGAAAUACCCUGACAUCAAUGUUCCCAGGACGCAUGGGACGAGUUGUUUUAGAUGGUGUUGACGACAUAUACGACUAUUAUGAGGGCAAGUGGCUGAACAACCUCCUUGAUACAGAGAAAAUCGUGGACUAUUUUUAUGGGACAUGCUUCGAUGGUACCGAGAACUGCCCACUUUGGGAGAGUGGUGACAAAUCAAGCGACGACAUCAGGAGUCGCGUCGAUAAACUAAUUUCAGAUGUCGACCAAAACCCCAUCAGCCUUGUUCAGAGCGACGGGUCAUCGAACCUCCGAGUCAUUACAGGCAACGACAUUCGACAAGUCUUCAUCCUUCCUUUAUACGCCCCUCUUCCAUUCGGCUUUACUUAUCUCGCGACCGCUCUAGCCCACGCGCUCAAGGGCAACUACUCAAUAAUCGCCAUAAACCUCCAACUGCCGCUUCUACAGGACGCCUGCAGCAUCCAUAACUCUACGGAGCAAGGGCUAGGCGACGCACAAACAUCAAUCCUCUGCGGCGAUGCUGACUACGCCGAUCCAGACGGGCGUUACCACAGCGGCGAGAAGCAGGGCUUUCCUUUCUGGAAAGAGAACACUGAAAAGCUCAAGAAUCAGUCCUCAACCAUGGGCCCUUUCUGGGCAGGAAUAGCCUCGACUUGCUCCGGCUGGCGGGUCCGACCAAAGUGGCGCUACGCUGGCCCGUGGGGUACUCCUCCUGCUGACCCGGGCCUGAAGGAGGGAGCCCCUGCCGCCCCGGUUUUGUUGACUACUAGCAGACUAGACCCGGUGACGCCUCUACAUGUUGCUAACUUGAUGUCUAAUGAUCAUCCCGGCUCAGCGGUCCUGAUACACGAGACCGUUGGGCACUGCGCGAUGGCAACCGGGUGGAGUGAGUGUUUCAACGAGCAUAUCAGGGCGUACUUCGAUGACGGAAUCAUGCCUGCGAACGGAACUGUCUGUGACACUACUUGUAAGCCGUUCUCAAAAGACGGUCUCUGUCUGCCUCCAGCUGCAGUUGUGGCCGCCGGCGGUGAUGGAAACUUCUUUGAUUUCGCUGCGGACCGUCGCUCCAGGUGGUCUUUCAGACCUCUAGGUAUCAUCUAG